AUGAAGACGGGAGAACUCCGCUUUACGAGGCCGCCAUUAAUUGCAGGCCAUGAGGAUAUUGCGAACAAACUACUAGAAAAGGAGGUUGACGCACUAAGCGUCAGCGGCGUCGACAAGUAUGGAAGGACGGCACUUCACUGGGCAGCUGAAUAUGGAUAUAUGGAAGUAGCGCGGCUGCUUGCCAACAAGGUGGCUGAACAGGGUGGCAACAUCUCGGCAGAAGACAGGCAUAAGGACACGGCACUGUAUAGGGCAGCUCUGAGGGAUCACCAGGGGAUAGUGCAGAUGUUCAUGAAUCAGCAUGCCAGCAUCAAAGGAUCAACGCAGAGGUGUACGAUGGUCGGGUUGUUGUUGGCUGCUGAUAAUGGGCACGGGGAUGCGGUGCAGCGGCUGCUCGAGAAGGGCGCAAACAUUGAGGCGGCGGACAAGGACGGCCGGACGAUACUAUAG